AUGGUUCUGGAAUUGGUCUUUUUCUUGGUACUAAUUGCUCCAGUAUUCCUGUGGAUGUACUCUUGGUACAUUUCAGCAGUACCAAAGCACUUUGUUAAACCUGGUACAUGGCUGCACAAAAAGGCUCAGACUAAUUUGAGAGUUUUGGAACAGAAGUACCACCCAAGUUGGUGGUGUCCAUUUGGCACUACUCAGACCGUUGUUCGUCAGCUUUUCAGAAACUGCCCAGACCUUCCUUUCGAGAGAGAAAUCGUGGAAUUCGAGGAUGGUGGUGCUGCUGGAAUUGACUGGCUCAUCCCUGAAGGCACCGAUGACACAACACCAAUCGUAAUCUUCUUGCCUGGAAUCACUGGAAGCACCCAUGACAGCAGCUACGUCCUCCACCCAGUCAUGGAAGCCAGAGACAAGGGAUGGAAGUGCCUUGUAGUGAACCCACGUGGACUUGGUGGUGUCAAACUGAGAACUACCAGAACUUACAAUGCAGCCCUGCCACAUGACUUUGCUUUCAUUGCUAAAAUGGUUCAUGAGAGAUAUCCAGAGGCGAGAAAACUUGGAUGUGGGUUCUCUAUGGGAGGAAUGAUCCUUUGGAACUAUCUUGCUAUGAUGGGUGAGGAUGUUCAUCUAGACGCCGGUAUGAUUGUAUCAUCUCCAUGGGACCCAAUGGUUGCAUCUGACUCCAUUGAAUGCUUCAUCCCUCAGACCAUUUUCAACAGAUUCAUUGCAAAGAGUUUGGUGGAUAUUGUUAGACCAUACCGAGAGCUUUUCAAGGAUAUGGUAGAUUUUGAUGCAGUUCUGAAAUGCAACACAGUUAGAGGAUUCGACAAAGCUUUCGUGACACCAAUGUAUGGCUUCGAGAGUUAUGAGGCUUACUAUAAAAUGGCUACUUUGGCAACGAAAGUCGACAAAAUCAAGAUUCCAUGUGUCACACUCAACUCAGUUGAUGAUUAUUUCAGUCCAGUACAAUGUAUUCCUAUUAAUGACAUUGCUGAAAGUGAAAAUGUUCUUGGUAUCAUCACCAAUCAUGGAGGUCACACCGCUUUCAUGGAGUCCGCUGAUCCAAAUGCUCGUGGAAUGGUAGAGAAGCUGUUGUCACAAUGGGGAAACUUGGUUUUCCAUGAUUAUCAUUAA